AUGCCAAUCGUCCCGUCGACGAGUCCACCAGAAAAUGUGAUUCGCAAGAAUGUGACCUUUGACCCUUUGAGCCUUUUGGUUGCGUGGCGUAGUGUCAUCGCAUUGCAACCAAACAUGCUGGCCCCGAUCUCCAGUCCCGACGAGCAAGACCCGCCUCGGGAAAAUGGGAAUUUCCGCCUUGUCAGACUUCAUACAAAGAAGGCACCGAUUCUCGCAUUAUCGCAACAAACCGAGCAAAAAUCGAGUGUCUGGCGGUCUGAUCAACCGCCAACGCGAGAGGAGGAGGUCGCGUCGGAUGAAGAAAUCGCGCCCAACACCUUCCAGAUUGCCCCCAUCGGAAGACACCAAAUUGGCAUGGGCCAAAAGUGA